AGUUAAGAUAGCGUUAGCUAGAGCUGUUGUUGGGACGCCCGUUUGGUUGCUAGGGCUAGCUUGAGAUUCAAAGCGUUUGGUUUGAGUCAGCUAAUACGACUUUAAAGAAAAAUAGUCUUGUUUAUACCUUUUAUGCAGGGAUAAAAGGAACUGCUACCGAUGUCACAUCAAAAAUAACGACGUUAGCGAUAGCUUGUUAACCGUCUAAAGGGAUAUAAGAUGGCAAGAUAGCUGGUUAGCUAACUAACGCUAGAUAACUUCUAUUGUAGGUAGCAAUAGCUAGCUAGCGCUAGUAAUAGCUAUUUACAUUUAUCGGUAAUGCUAACCACAUACAUUUUAAUGUAAUUUUAAGGUAACACCUUUUGUUCAUUCUUAGCUACUAUUUCUAGGAUACGAAGCAAUGUUUACUAAUGGGUUUGCUAGGUAAUGUUAAUGAUAGGGCUACAUAAACUGCCGUAUGUUUUUGCAAUGUGGCAUCGUGGAGGCAUUCGUAGUGCAGCUCUUGAAAGAGCAAAGGCACAGCUCUCUGGGCAGAGGCUUUUAAGCAGUGAGAUAUCAAAGGCUAAUAGACGAAGAGACGUGGUCAGUGCAAACUUUGGAAAUGGCUUGUUACAAACCAGACAGACUCCUUUUCAGGACCUAAGUGAUCUGUCCUCAGAAGAUCCAGAGAGUGAAAACCAAGAUUAUCUCACCGUUCCUGCGAAGGUAUCACCUUAUUCUGCAGAACCGUUAGAACGAUUUGAUGUGGGAGGUGGAAGCAGAUUUCUGAAAAAAUCUGCUGUUGAUGCCAGUGCAGACAUACGGUCAUCCACACCUGGAACGACCACUGCUGAUAAAAGUGACCCAAAGCUUGUUCUCUGGCACCGGCCACAAAGUGUGGCGCUCAGUAGGCUAGCAAUGAUUGAAGAGCGCUUCAGAAAUCAUAAGAACAAGAAGCCUGGCCUGGAUGCUGACACCGACCUUCCACUGCCACACGAGUCUGGUCUGUCAGCAUCAUCCAGUAGUGUCCCAAGUAUGGCUGGUAGUCGUUUUCUUAAGAAGAAAUCAUUGACUCUUAAUGAUCAGAAGGACCCCGAUACUAAACCCAUGGAUGCACGCGUGACUAUUGCAAGCAUUGCUUCUCGUGUGGAAAAAGGUGUAAGUCUGGAUAGUGAUGAAGAAGACAUGCGUAUACUCCUGGGAGAGUCACUCGAUUUGCCAGAUGGGAACCGGAACAAAGUCAUGAGACAAACGGAGACGAGUCCUCAAAUGGCUGUGAAGAUUUACAUGAAGACCAGUGAAAAGGUUGCCAAUGCUGUCCCAUCUGCAGAAAAUCAUGAAGAAAAGUUUCCUGUUUCAUCAGCGUUCACAGAUCGUCAUCAUAAGACUCCCUCUCUUUCUCCACCAUCAUCACCCAAGAUCCCCUCUGCCAGAAGGCCUGUGUCCCGGAGAGCUGGGGUCACCCAUCUGUCUUUAUCCUCAUCAUCAGGACACAGUGAGAUCAGGACACUGGAUGAGCUGUUCUCUGUCGCUUCUAAUAAUGAUGAUACACUAAGUGAGAAAAGUGUGAUAUUGGAUGAUUUCCAAUUAAAUGUCCUGACACUGGAUGAUCUGGCUCCUGUUUUUCUUGGCACAGCUGAAGUUUCAAAAGAAAAGGAUGAAGCAAGCCCCCAUGAAUCAAGACAUCCUAGUCUUUCCUCAGCCAAAGAGAUUUCACAUGUCCCUGAGGAUACUCCAGGAGAGUACAAGAGUGACUUCGAGAGCGAGACCCACAACGAAACAGCAAUAAGUGCAAAUGAGAUCUCCGAGCAUCUCUCAGGCAGAUAUGAACGUUCCUCCCUGGCUACAGAACCUCAGUCUCUCUCGCUUGAAGUGCGGGAUGAUGAUGAUCGUGUACCCUCAGAAGAGUUGACAAGCGUCCAUUAUAGCAAAUCAGAGUCCUGUUUAACCCUGAGCGAUGGCUCUCACUUUAGCUUCCACACCAGUGAUGCCAUCAUUCCUCACAGCGAGCCACACAGUCCGACUGCCAGGCGAACCAUGAAAGACGCCACAGUGCAGACACAAACAGACAGUCUGACACAUACCUGGUCCUUUGGACAGGGUGUACUGGGCCCAUCAGCUGGAAUGUCCUACAUGGAUCCGGCUCCACUGGCCAGCCACACGGUCAGCGCGGAGGCAGUGGAAGCCCUGUCCACAUACAGACCUGCUGUGUUUGCUCUCAAUGACAUGCUGAGACAGCAGCUAGCCCUGACCAGGAACUUUAUAGAGUCCAGCAGACAUCUGCACCAGGCCACGGUGGAGGCUCUGGGACCUGCUGACUACAGGUACACCACACUGGAGGAAACAAAAGAGUUUAUCCGGUAUAACAGGUCUCCCAGACUCACCGUGGAGGAUGCUCUGGCAGAGGUUUUGCAGGAGAUGAGGGACUAUCACUACAUUUGAAGCGCACACACAGUACUGUGGGUAAAAGGAGCCAUAACUAACCUGUGAUCAGUUAUGGACCCGGAGCCCAACCCAGAGGUGGAGCUGUACAAAAACACGACCUUGUGACCUCUAGAACAUGUCUUAAA